ACAGCUGCCUUACAGAACCAGUGGCAAUUUCAAGAAACCUGUGGAGUACGCUUUUACAAGAAGAACUUUCUCAUCCAACUGAAUUAUCAAAGAGUUACAGGUGUUAAAGACAAAAUGAAAUUCAUCUUCCAGUCCUUCCUCUAUUGCUGUCUUUUAGCGACAGUAGCACACUGUGUGGAACUUGAAGUGAAUCCAAAGUUGAAAAAAAGGCUAAGCAUAUGGCUCGGGAACAGAUUGAGACGGGAUCUAAACAGCGUAUCUGUAGAGAGGCCAGCAGACUCUGAGCACUUUGUCAGACCAGAAGAUAUCAGGGAUACCCUGCUGCCACAUUCCAGCACUGACAUCAAUGUCCGAACCAAAAGGUCUAAAAAUUCAUCCAACCAGUCAAGAAGGCAAGGUUGUUGGCUGGGCACCUGCACAGUGCAUGACUUGGCAGAUCGGCUGCACCGGCUCAACACCAAGAUGAAUAUUGGGAGCGCUCCUGUUGACAAGAUCAGCCCACAGGGAUAUGGCCGGAGGCGUCGCUCCCUUCCAGCACACACAGUCACACUGAGGCUAGAUCAGGGCAGGCUGAGGCCCGUGUGGAGAGAAACAGACUCACAAGUUCACAAGCUUGAGUCUCUCCUCAGACGGACAUGAGCGGGACUUUGCGAAAGGAGUUGGGAGCAAAAGCGAGGGAGCAGACCAAGUGUCCUCUCUGCUCUGUUCUAAAAUUCUCCAAAUGCCUCAGACUCCUGCCAAGUUUUCUCCAGCACAUUUUUUCCAGGCAUAAGUUUGAGCAAGACUGGCUGCACUGAGUUUCUCUGAGAGCUGAGAGCUUGCAGUUCAGUGAUGUAGAGCGUGCAAACAACUGCAGCUGGCUUACAGACACUGGAUGGCACAGCAUGGAGCAACUACAGGUGUUGCUCUCUGCUUUGGCAGAGAUACAGGAAGAGUGCUAAUACCUGGCAAAGUGGACACAUCCGCUAGUUGAAAGGGGGAACUUUCUUCUAACAUUCUUGGACCUUAAUUGCUUCUUCCUCAAGGCCAGGACUUUAAUGAGUGCUAUCCUCUAAGGAUUAUACCACCGUUUUCCAUCAACCUGUCAAUACUCGUCUGCACUUUUCUAUAUGGACUUAAAGUCAAAUGAAUCAUCAGGAAGAUAUCAUCACAAUGCCAAACAGGGAGAUAGGCUACAGAGCUCCGAAGCUCUUAAUCUAUAUCAAGUUUUGGACACUGUAUAAGGGAAAAUGCCUUAGAUUCUGUGAGAUAUGUGCCAGUCCACAGUGGAUUGAAAUAUACUUGAAAUUGUUUGUACAAAACUAUGUGCAAUCUGUGUUUGAUUUUUUUUAUUGCUGAUAUAUGUAUAUAUGAGUUCUUUUAUUUAAAUAUUAUAUAGAGAUUACACAAAAGUACUUAUGCAGAUAGAACUAUUUUUGUACAGGAAGAAAUAUAUAUGGGCAUUUUAACUAUUUGUCAUUAUUCUUUUGCAAACUGUGGUAAUAGGAUAUCUGUUUUAUAACUAUAUUAUAUAUUUGUAAAUAUUUUCUAUUUUAUUUGUGUCAAAUCAAUACCAUCCUCAUUCAAUAAACAUUUUGCAUACAGACUCUA